AAGGAUAUACAUGUACAGAUGGCUCUUCCACACACACCACCGAAACCAUAUACAUGGCUCUGGCCACCUGCCUCACCUCUAUCCUCCUCCAGGAUGACCACGAUCACCACCUCCGGUACUCCCACCCUGACCACCAUCACCUCUACCAUAGUGGCCCCGUAACCACCUCCACCACCUCCCUGACCUCCCGUCACCACCGUUGUACCCUCCUCCACCACCACCACUUCCCUGACCCCGUCGUCACCUCCAUCAUCUCCGUCAUCACCACCUUCGUCCUCACCGCUACCCUCAUCCUCUCCGCCUCUGCCUCCACGUCGGCCUCUACCUCACCACCACCUCUAGCUCCUCUACGGCCGCGACCCCUCCCCCCUCGCCGUCCAACCAUUCCCAACCCUUCCCACCAAACCCCAUUUCCGAUUCCCGUCCUCAAAAAAGAAUCAAAAGACCCUGUGGUUCAGUUUCUGGAAGGAGAACUUCUCAUAGUGUGUUUGUAUUCCAAUCCAGGUGGACGCUUUGCCUCAAGGGAAAAAAUGAGCCUUCUAAAGAACUGCCGAAGUUUUCUGUCAAACUUUUUCUUCAUUCCAGUGGCCAUGUUGCAGCGAAAUUCCAAUAUGACCAGGUUAUGGAUGUUCCCGCUUUCUUCCUUGUCCGAAGCAGAGAAGGUUCUAGGAGAAAUAUCUAAUUAUAAAGUUCAGGCAGGUUGCAAGUUUCUUAUAUUUGCGCACCAUCAGCCAAUGAUAGAUGCGAUACAUGAGUGCCUUCUUAAGAAAAAAGUGGGUUGCAUUUGGAUUGAUGGAGGUACACCCGCUGCAUCAGGGCAACAAUUGGUUACAGAUUUCCAGGAAAAGGAUUAUAUCAAGGCAGCUGUACUAUCCAUUAAAGCGGGAGGAGUUGGAUUAACUUUAACUGCUGCAAGCACAGUUAUCUUUACAGAACAAUCCUGGACUCCAGGUGACCUAAUUCAGGCCAAAGAUCGUGCAUAUAGAAUUGGGAUGUGGUGCAAUUCAAACCGGAUAAUUUGGGGGCAGGUGUUAGAUGGCCAUGAGAACACCUUAGCUGUGUCAAAUAAUCAUCCAUUGAGUAGCCCUGCAAAGCAUACUACUAUUGGGCAUAGGCCUUCAAAGCAGAGAACUCUUGACCAGUUUGUCAGAAGAUGUGAUAACGUGGAUAGGUCGGAAGUCGGAACAUCAGCCUGACCGGAAACGGCCCUCUCGGUCAUGACUUGCGAGAUAUGCAAAAUGGAUUUCCAUUUUCACAGAUACAUGGCCAGUGGCAAGUGAAUAGGAACUUAAAUGUUGAUGUCUACAUGCAGAAGUUUCCAUGUAGUAUUAACCAGAUGUGCUUACAUGCGGAAUUCACCUGUGAUGACACAAAUGCCUUUUUGAAGCUGAAAUCCAUUGUACAACAAAUAAUAGAUUGAGUAGAACUGGCUACACUAAACUAUGUUGCUUGUAUUGGAGAUAAUGGUUUGGUUAUGUGAAAUAUGUAUUGGAAGAAAAUGUUGAUAAAGUCACCCAUUAGAUUUUAGGUUUCCACUUCUUGUUUUUAACUUUUUGCUCCCCUAUGUUUUGUUUUAGUUUGGGGCUCUGUACAGAGCAUGACAUUAUCAUAUAUGAACGAGAUAAAUUUCUUUACUCCA